GGUGCAGCAGUAGCUACCUCUGAACUGGAUCUACUUCCUGUCUCUGAUUUAUCAGCCGCCUUUGCCCUGCUCGCCCCUCUCUCCAUCCAUCCAUCAUCCCUUCAUCCCUGUCUGUAAGUCCUUCAGCCUGCCCGUCCGUCCGUCCAUGGACUGGCCGUGACCCUGGAGGGAGGGGGACAGAAACGAGGAAAGAGCAGAGUUGCAGCGGAGACGCAGUACAAGAAAGCUGGAUUCAUUCAGACAUCACGCUUCUGAAGUGGCCCUGCUCGCUGUCCUUGAUCCCCCUCACCCUCCUCCUCCUCCUGUUAUGGAGAAUUAAAGGAGCAGUGGGAGGCUAGGCCAAGAAAGUGAGGAGGAAUAAAAUUAACAACCAACGCCCCUUCAUUUUCCUUUAAUAAAAUUAAAAAGGGUUUAGGUGUGUCAAUAUAAUCACACAUUUUUAAGUACGGAAUCAAGACAUAACCGAGAAUCUGACUGUUGAGCACAUGAACAACCCUCCACCAACCAAGCGGAAGGGGAACUGAGUUGAGGACAGACUACGGAGAGAAAGGAGGACCAAAACAGAAAAAAGAAACCUUACUGACAUGUCAACAACAGCCACAAUGGGUGAAAUGGCAAAUAGCGCGGUGGAGUUUUAUCCUAAAGGGACUCGAGGUGGGGGCGGAGGAGGAGGAAGGGCAGAUGGCAGCCAAGCAGGAGGAGACUUCGGGGUCACAGUGAAUGAGCUCAGGGAGCUGAUGGAGCUCAGAGGGACUGACGCCCUGCAGAAGAUCCAAGACAGCUACGGAGACACAGAGGGGCUCUGCCAGAGACUACAGUCCAGCACUACUGAUGGUCUCAGUGGGGACCCAGUAGACAUUGAGCGUCGGGGCCAAACAUUCGGCCAAAACUUCAUCCCCCCGAAGAAGGCCAAGACUUUCCUGGAGCUUGUGUGGGAGGCCUUACAGGACGUCACACUCAUCAUCUUGGAGGCCGCUGCCAUCAUCUCCCUCGGCCUCUCUUUCUACCAGCCCCCUGGAAAGGAAAGUGAAUCAUGUGGGGACGUGUCGGGGGGAGAGGAUGAAGAGGAGGCUGACACCGGCUGGAUUGAAGGCGCAGCCAUCCUGCUGUCAGUCGUGUGUGUCGUCUUGGUUACGGCUUUUAAUGACUGGUCCAAAGAGAAGCAAUUCCGUGGUCUACAGAGUCGGAUUGAGCAAGAACAGAAGUUCACGGUUGUGCGGAAAGGAAACGUCAUCCAGAUCCCUGUGGCUGACAUGGUGGUGGGGGACAUGGCCCAGGUCAAAUAUGGGGACCUGCUGCCAGCUGAUGGUAUCUUGGUCCAAGCCAACGACCUGAAGAUAGAUGAGAGCUCUCUCACAGGAGAGUCUGACCACGUACGCAAGUCUGUGGAUAAGGACCCCAUGCUGCUCUCAGGUACCCAUGUGAUGGAGGGCUCGGGCAGGAUGCUGGUGACAGCUGUAGGUGUCAACUCGCAGACGGGCAUCAUCUUCACCUUGUUGGGUGCUGGAGAGAUUGAGGAAGAUGGGAAGGAGAAGAAAGGAAAACAGCCUGAUGCAGCUGUGGAGAACAAUCAGAACAAAGCCAAGAAGCAGGAUGGGGGUGUUGCCAUGGAGAUGCAACCGCUGAAGAGUGCAGAGGGAGGGGAGGUAGAGGACAGAGAGAAGAAGAAGACCAAUGUUCCGAAGAAAGAGAAGAGUGUGUUGCAGGGCAAGCUCACCAAACUGGCUGUUCAAAUUGGCAAAGCCGGUUUGGUGAUGUCGGCCAUCACCGUCAUCAUCCUGGUGCUGUAUUUUGUCAUCAACACGUUUGUCGUUGAAGGUCACACAUGGUUGCCAGAGUGUACUCCGGUCUACGUCCAGUACUUUGUCAAGUUCUUCAUCAUUGGAGUCACUGUGUUGGUAGUGGCUGUCCCAGAGGGCUUACCUCUCGCUGUCACCAUCUCUCUGGCUUACUCUGUCAAGAAAAUGAUGAAGGACAACAACCUUGUACGCCACCUGGAUGCGUGCGAGACCAUGGGCAACGCAACAGCCAUCUGCUCCGACAAGACCGGCACCCUCACCACCAAUCGCAUGACUGUGGUGCAGAGUUACAUAGGUGACGUGCCCCACCGUGUGAUCCCGGACCCUGGACAGAUCAACCCCCGGACACUGGAUCUAUUAGUCAAUGCUAUUGCUAUCAACAGUGCCUACACCUCCAAGAUCUUACCGCCUGAUGUGGAGGGGGGUCUGGCUAAGCAAGUGGGCAACAAGACGGAGUGUGGCCUGCUGGGAUUUGUAUUGGACCUACAGCAGGACUACGCCCCUGUCAGAGAGCAGAUCCCUGAGGAGAGACUGUACAAGGUGUAUACGUUCAACUCAGUGCGUAAAUCCAUGAGUACAGUGAUCAACCUGCCUGACGGUUCCUUCCGCCUCUACUGCAAAGGAGCCUCUGAGAUCAUGCUGAAGAAGUGUUCCUACAUCCUAGAUGCCAACGGAGAACCACGCAGCUUCCGCCCACGUGACAGGGAUGAGAUGGUCAAACAGGUGAUUGAGCCAAUGGCAUGUGAGGGGCUGAGGACCAUCUGCAUCGCAUACCGUGACCUGCCAUCCAAUCCGGAGCCAGACUGGGAAAACGAGGCAGAAAUAGUGACAGAGUUGACCUGCAUCACUGUGGUUGGGAUAGAGGACCCUGUGCGGCCUGAGGUGCCUGAAGCCAUCCGUAAGUGUCAGCGUGCAGGCAUCACGGUGCGGAUGGUGACCGGUGAUAACAUUAACACAGCCAGGGCCAUUGCUGCUAAAUGCGGCAUCAUCCACCCUGGGGAUGACUUUAUCUGUAUAGAGGGCAAAGACUUCAACCGACGAAUCAGGAACGAGAAAGGAGAGGACUCUCCUCUGAAGGCGGUGCAGAUGCUGUGGGUGAAUCUGAUCAUGGACACGUUUGCUUCUCUGGCCCUGGCCACCGAGCCCCCCACCGAGGCCCUGUUGCUAAGGAAACCCUAUGGCCGGAACAACCCGCUCAUCUCACUGACCAUGAUGAAGAACAUCCUGGGCCAUGGAGUCUACCAGCUGGUCAUCAUCUUUACCCUGCUGUUCAUAGGCGAGCGCAUUUUUAACAUUGACAGCGGCCGCAACGCUCCGCUCCACUCCCCACCCUCCGAGCACUACACCAUCAUCUUCAACACCUUUGUCCUCAUGCAGCUUUUCAACGAGAUCAACGCUCGCAAGAUCCACGGAGAGAGAAACGUAUUUGACGGAAUAUUUUCCAACCCCAUCUUCUGCUCCAUCGUUGUGGGGACCUUUGCCGUGCAGAUCGUGAUUGUGCAGUGGGGAGGGAAGCCCUUCAGCUGUGCCCCUCUCAACGUGGAGCAGUGGCUCUGGUGUCUGUUCGUGGGAGUUGGAGAGCUGCUCUGGGGGCAGGUGAUCGCCACGGUGCCGACUGAGCGGCUGCCUUGCCUGAAGGAGGCGGGGCUAGGCCUGGAGCCCGGGGAGGAGGAAGGCGAGGAGAUGGCAGAGGAUGAGGAGGAGAUCGACUGCGCUGAGAGAGAGCUGCGACGCGGACAGAUCCUCUGGUUCAGAGGCCUCAACCGCAUUCAGACUCAG